AUGGUGCUCACCUCUUCCUCCCUAUACGAAGCACAGCGUCGAUUGAAGUGGUACAAGCAACAUAAAAUCCGGACCAUCACGCCGAACCUAUCCGAGUCAUAUCGAAAAUAUCUCGAAGAAGAAGGAGCUUUUUCGUCCCUUCCCAGAACAACGACAGACGCACUCUUGCCCUUAUACAUUUCCACGCUAAAUGACCUCACUCCCAUCACGGAUGGCGCCGCCGUCUUCCGCGACCACAGUAACGGACAAGCAUCCAUAUACUUGGUCAGGGCAAUAUGUCUUGUCGUCUGCAAAACGAGACACGCUGCUCCUUUCUUACGAUUGACUGAUUCAGGUCCUCUCUUGGAGCCCCUAGAGUUUGCAUCAAAACUUCUGGCUGGACUUGAUGCUGCCAUCAAAGCAGACCUGGAACCUAAUCGCAUCAUCAAGAUCCAGAUCUUAGCACUGAUGCACCUGCACAAUGAUGGACUAGCCGGUGUGGAUCGCGCAUCCAGUUACCUGUCGCAGGCCAUCUGUGAAGCGUGGUCAAUGUGCAUACACCUAAAGAUACCUGGCAACCCCGACAACGACGAAUGCAGAUACCUGUGGUGGUCACUCCGGAACUUUGACCGCCUGGGUAAACCCAUCAUGGCAGCAGCGCCCUUCUUCAUCGACGAUGCGGAUAUUGGUGUUGAGCGCAUAGAACCGAAGAAAGACGACUAUCGUUCUCAGAUCAUGGCUGUUGCCCUCGCUCUUGGGGACCUCAUGACCACUGCGACAAGAGCUUAUAAAGCUGGCGCUACAACAGCGGUCGAUAGUUGCUGGACGUUCCCUUCGCUGUCAGAGAUUACGGAUGGGAGCAAUUUCGAUCAGUUUCACAUGUCGCAUCGAGUAUACCUGGAGACAUGGUAUCAUGUUGCCGCCAUGCUAUCCUGCCGCUAUAGCGGACCAGGCACCGAACAAUACACUCGACGUCUUGCGUCCGCGGACAGGGUGCUCGAAAUUGUGUCUCACGAAGGAUGCGAAGGCCUUCCCCCGCUUCCGCUAGUACCCUAUGCCAUGUCCAUGUCGACAACGGUCAUCUACCGCGCUUUACACGAUCGCGUGAGAGAUAUUGACAAAGCACGAAAAGACCUCCAACAAUGCUGCGACGCCCUCGAUAGCCUGAGUGAACGAUGGACCAGCGUUAGAGGCGUGUCCAAGCUUGCAAAGCGGCUUUGUAGCCUAAUGAGCGACGAUACACACGACAGCUUGCGAGACGUGCAUCGAGGCGGUACUACCACUUCCAAUAGCACUAUCUCAACUCUGGCCAUACCUGCCAACACUGGUGCUGUUACAGAUCAAGAAGGGAUCCUGUACAGCGACGAGGCCUUUCAAAAACAUCUUACCGAGAUCUGGCCAAGCUUCGAUGCGUCCUACUCUCAGUUGGAUUGGGCGUUCCAAGACUACUACGGCUUGGACAUGGAAUUCCCCAGCCCGUUUGACGAUCUGCCGUCCAGAAGGAGGACGAAUAUGCCAAUUAGCGCCAGAGCUGCGACCCCUCCUACUACCACGCCAGCGAUCAGACCUGUCGAGGGACCGGAAUUUGAAUCUGAGGAUGAUGCUACUGCAGCAGCAGCACUCGACGACGUUGGUUCUUCCGAUGCGGUGCUCGAAGCUGCGCCCGCAGUUGACGAUGCCUCUGUUGUUGUCGGUUCAGCACUCCUUGCUGUACUGCUUGCCUCCUCUGUUGCACUCGUUGCCGUGAUCUCAGCCGCGAUGCUCGUAGGAUUCGCAGGUGUCGGUAACGCAUUCACCACACUACCCGCUACGCUCUCGAUGACAGCCGUAGGCACCGUAACGCCAUUGCUCGACAGCACCGAUGAGACAUCGCCAACGAUGCUGGAUAACAGAUCGCCAAUCUGUCUCCGUUGA